GAUGCGAGGAGCCGCGGCUGCUGGUGCCUCCCGCGCCCUGCUUCCUCUGCGCCCAACCUCCGCCGCCACCGCCCAGAGAGCAUGAGCGGCGCAGGGGCCCAGCCGCAGCCGCCGAGCCCCUCGGGGCCCGGCGGGGAUUCCCAGCCCUCGGACCCCGCGGAGCCUCCGGCUGCUGCCCCUCCUCCUCCUCCUCCUCCGCCGAUGCUGAGCGUCGACUUGCCCGCUCUGGUGUCGCAGUUCGCUCGGAGCUUCGCGUCUCUUCCCGUCUACGUGCUGGGCUACCUGGGGCUGAGCUUCAGCUGGGUCCUCGUCGCCCUGCUGUGCGUCUUCUGGCGGAGGCACCGGAGCGGGAAGAGCUCACGCCGGCCGGCGCUCGCCUUCCUGCAGGACGAGGAGCGCGCCGUGAGGCUGACCGUCCACAGGAGACUACCCGCGUGGGUGCACUUUCCAGACACAGAGAGAGCAGAAUGGCUGAACAAGACUGUAAAACACAUGUGGCCUUUCAUUUGCCAGUUCAUUGAGAAACUUUUCCGUGAAACAAUAGAACCAGCAGUGAGAGGAGCAAACAGCCACCUGAGCACCUUCAGUUUCACAAAAAUUGAUAUAGGGGAUCAGCCUCUUAGGAUUAAUGGUGUUAAAGUGUACACUGAAAAUGUGGAUAAAAGGCAGAUAAUCUUAGAUCUUCAAAUCAGUUUUGUUGGCAAUUGUGAAAUUGACUUGGAGAUCAAGAGGUACUACUGCAGAGCUGGUGUGAAAAGUAUACAGAUUCAUGGCACUAUGAGAGUUAUAUUGGAACCUCUGCUUGGAGAUAUGCCUUUAAUCGGAGCACUGUCUUUAUUUUUCCUUAGGAAACCGCUUUUGGAAAUUAACUGGACAGGACUGACCAAUCUUCUGGAUAUUCCAGGACUAAAUGGUUUAUCAGACACUAUAAUAUCAGACAUCAUAUCCAAUUACCUGGUGCUUCCAAACAGGAUCACUGUUCCUCUCGUCAGUGAGGUACAGAUUGCUCAGUUGCGCUUCCCCAUACCAAAGGGUGUACUAAGGAUACACUUCAUUGAAGCUCAGGAUCUUGAGGGAAAAGAUACUUACCUAAAGGGAAUUGUUAAAGGGAAGUCUGACCCGUAUGGAAUCAUUCGUGUGGGUAAUCAAAUUUUCCAAAGCAAAGUCAUCAAAGAAAAUCUCAACCCAAAGUGGAACGAAGUUUAUGAGGCCUUAGUGUAUGAGCACCCAGGACAGGAAUUGGAGAUUGAGCUUUUUGAUGAAGACCCAGACAAGGAUGACUUCCUGGGAAGUCUAAUGAUAGACCUAAUUGAGGUUGAAAAAGAGCACCAUUUAGAUGAGUGGUUUACUUUGGAUGAAGUUUCCAAAGGAAGAUUGCAUUUAAAACUAGAAUGGCUCACAUUGAUGCCUACUGCAGAGAAUCUUGACCAGGUUCUAAAAAGCAUUCGAGCUGAUAAAGAUCAAGCCAAUGAUGGCCUUUCAUCAGCGUUGCUUAUUCUCUAUUUGGAUUCCGCAAGAAAUCUGCCACAUAAUCCAUUAGAGUAUAAUCCAGAUGCCUUGAAGAAGUCUGCUGUUCAGAAAGCCCUGAAGUCAGGAAAGAAACUAAAUAGCAACCCCAACCCCCUUGUCUUGCUGACUGUUGGACACAAGGCACAAGAAAGUAAGAUUCGUUACAAGACCAAUGAACCUGUAUGGGAGGAAAAUUUCACUUUCUUUAUUCACAACCCUAGACGGCAAGAGCUAGAAGUUGAGGUCAAGGAUGAACAACACCAGUGUUCCUUGGGAAACUUCAAGCUUCCUCUGAGUCAGCUUCUUGAAAGUCAAGAUCUAACUAUGCAUCAGAGAUUUCAUCUUAGCAAUUCUGGUCCAAACAGCACUGUAAACAUGAAGAUUGCACUCAGGAUUCUUUCUCUUGAAAAGCAAGAGAGGUCUCCAGACCACCAACACUCAGCCCAAGUGAAGAGGCCCUCCGUUUCCAAAGAUGGAAGAAAAGGUUCUUUCAAGCCUCAGGUCCCCCGUUCUCCAGCAACUGACUUGAACAAACACCCAGUUACCACAACAACAGACACUGAUAAAAAGACUGAUGUGGUUGAAAAAAGCCAUCCCUCUAAUCCUAGUCCUCAGUGGCCAACAGAUCUCAGCAGAAGCUCAUCCAGUCUCCUUGCCUCCAACUUGAGCUAUUCUCCCAGCCACCUUUCAGUCAAAGAACCUACUCCAAGUAUCGCUUCGGACAUAUCACUGCCCAUUGCUACGCAGGAGCUGCGGCAGCGGCUGAGACAACUUGAAAAUGGCACAACGUUAGGACAGUCUCCGUUGGGACAGAUUCAAUUAACAAUUCGGCACAGCUCACAAAGAAACAAACUUAUGGUCGUGGUUCACACAUGUAGAAAUCUAAUUGCCUUUUCAGAAGAAGGAUCUGACCCCUAUGUCCGAAUGUAUUUAUUGCCUGACAAGAGGAGAUCAGGAAGAAGAAAAACAAGCGUUUCAAAGAAGAAUUUAAAUCCAGUGUUUGAUCAGGCCUUUGAUUUCAGUGUUUCAUUACCUGAAGUACAAAGAAGAACUUUGGAUGUAGCAGUGAAGAACAGUGGAGGUUUCUUAUCCAAAGACAAAGGGCUGCUUGGUAAGGUAUUGAUACCACUGGCUUCUGAAGAACUUUCCAAGAGUUGCACCCAGUGGUAUGACCUGACAGAAGAUGGUACAAGGCCGCAUAUUGCACCUUAGGCAGUUUGGGAUGCCAGAAGCUCCUGUUCAUAUACUUUUGCCAUCCUUUAUAUAUUUUAUCAACAUUGUUCACACAGAUGUAUUAAUAUUUUUUAUAACUCUUAGUUAUUAGGCCCAACCAACACUUCCCAAGAGUUUUAUAAUACUUGGACAUUAUAUGUAGGCUUAAGUCCG